ACAGGUUGAGCUGCACAUCCUCGAGGAUCUGCUUCCUCUAUUUUCUGCUUCUUUUUUUUGCCUCCGCUGCCGCUUCUGCUGCUGCGGAGCGAAAACUACAGCACGGAGGGAGUAGAAGCCAUAAGAUGAAGAAACGAUACGUGGACGCGAGCAGGCUACGGAAAAUGAAAAAGCUGAAAAUAACGGAGAAGCUUUCUGAAAGUGCGUACACCUUCGUGAAGUUUAUGAUGAUGUGGAUGCUGGUGCUGCUGGCCGAUUUCAUCCUGGAGUUCAGACUGGAGUACCUGUGGCCCUGCUGGCUCUUCUUUGGGAGCGUUUACACCACGUUCCACUGCACGGGCUGGCUAUUUGUGUUGUUUGUCUGUGCUGCCUUCACUCUGGACAUCUUUUGUUUAAUUUUUGUUCCUUUGCACUGGCUGUUUGUGGCAAGCACUUAUGUGUUAUUCAAUUACAUAUGGCACACAGAGAAAGGCAUCUGCAUAUCCACGGUGUCCCUGUGGAUUCUGCUCGUCUACACAGCGUCACUCCGACUAAAGGACCUUAAAGCCUCUCAUGCAAACCUGUCUCAUCUUUUUGCUGCACACUGCAUUGGGUAUCCUGUGGUGUAUCUGGGGUUUGAUGCCACGUGCUACUUCACCAACAUCUUCAAGCUGCGCAUUCAGAAAGCUGUGCAGAGUGAGAAUGACUUCCACAUGCACCUCCUGCAGCACUCGCUCCCCCCAGGCCUGCAGGUCUUCCCAAAGACGGGAACAGAUGGCAGCAGCAGCUCUAAAUGGAAGACAAAGCCUGAGUCCACUCAGUAUCAGUGUCAGAACGGCGCUGUGCUGGCCACUGACGAGGCUCACACCGUGGACGCCUCCAGAUCCGCAGCCGAGGAGAGAGCGCCAGAGAAGGGAGCGCCGGAGGGGAAGUCCGCUGAAUCAAACCGGCGGCCAUUACCAUCCAAACCUGGUGAGUCCAGAGAUCUGCUUCCCUGCGGGGCAGCAGGACCCGAAUCCUCCACAACCCCGGAAAAUCUACCUCAAGAUGAGCCAGGAAGCAAAGCUACACGGGCGGCUAAAAGCUCCUCGCCAAAAGCCAGCAGAGGCAGCACAACACUCCCCCCCCCCGCAGGGAGGACGGAGAAGAAGCAGAGAUCCAGCUCGAAGACGGUCAGCCCCAACCGGGACGUCCCAGAGAAAAGCAAUCACCACGCUGAGCAGAUGAACAAGCUGGAGCAGGAUCUGAGGAGGCUGCGGGCCGAGCUGCAGCUGAGCCGGCAGAGCGAGCAGGAGCUGCGCAGCCACGUCUGCAACCUGACCAACAGUGAGCGCAGCCUGAGGCCAGAGGUGUCCCUGCUCAGACAGUCCAACAUGCUGCUCCAGAGCAAGGUUCUGUGCCUGUCUAAAACCAAGCAGAGGGACAAACAGAGCAGCGCCAUGCUGGAGAAAAAGACGAGAGCAGAGACGGAGGCCAGACUCUCCGUGGAGAAACAGUUGGCUGAGCUUCAGGCUCAGAGACUGGAGGAAGCAAACAACACAGCACGGAGUCUCAACAAUAGGCAGGAACACUGUGAAACCCAAAUGUUAAGGAAAAGAGUUAAAGAUCUAGAGACAGAGUACAAACAACUACAGCUGGAGUGUCAAGUUCAGAGAGUCGUGUGCUAGAAUCUAGAGAGUGAUGUUGAGGCUCUGGGAAUGUAACCGCUGUGUGGAAGAAAGAGAACAGACAUGCUGCUGUCCACUCUGUCGGCCAUGCAGGAGAAGGCUCAACAUCUGGAGUACAACCUGAGCGCCGAGACUCGCAUCAAACUGGACCUGUUCUCGGCUCUGGGAGACGCUCGCCGGCAGCUGGAGAUCGCUCAAGAUAAAGUGAUGAGGCAGGACCGGGAGAUUAAGGAGAUGAAGCAGAAGAUCGCCGAGGUGAUGGCCGUCAGCCCGGGGGUUUCCUACAUGGCUCCUCGCCCCCCGGUGCCGCAGUAUCUCACCAAGCUACUGAGCUCUGAGCGCUACAUGCUGAACCCACGAGCCCUCAUGUACCAGUGCCUGAAGAAAUAAAGGAAGUCGCCACUUUUGUCUGAUCCUGGGGAGAGCUCACAGAUUGUUAGGACAGAGCUACAUGACACCAUGAAGUCAUCUACUUCCAGCCAGCGGUGGAAACAGGAAAAACCUCCUUAAGUCGAAUGCCUUUUGCUGCACUGAUGGUACCAAGUUCACAUUAUUUGUUUACAAGGGUUCAAGUGUUUCACUCCAAAAUACUAUAUCUCUCUUUAUGUAGAGAUACAGCUAAACACUUUCUAGUUGGGGAUGCAUCAGAGAAAAGCACACUUCUUCAAAUUCAGACCCUGUUAAUUAUCUAAAGUAAUGAUUUUGGGAAAUUGAAGUUCAUAAUGUACUAGAAGAUACAUCUUGCUGCCCUGCAGAGACCCACAAACCUACUGUAGCUUUAAAACACAGAUUCACACUUCAAUUAAUCAAAAGUAUAAUACAUACAAGGUUUUAAUAUCACUUGUACAAUGAUACAUCUGCUGGAUACUACAAUCAAAAUAACAUGGUCUAAUUUUUGUUAUCGUGUUUAUAUCCCUUUUGAGUCAAAUGAAUAUUAGUUCAUAAAGCAUCCAAUAAGUGUUUUCACGAAUCAAAAGAGAAGCAGAGGUGUUACUAACAACAUGAAUAAUGGCUCUGCUUUAUUAAAAUGUUUUAAGCCCUGACAGUGAGUCAGCGUGCACAAACCCAUGAAACUCAAACUGCUUAAUGGGAUUCAGCCAUUAUUCAUUUAUUUCCCUGCUGUGACAUGUCAUAAUUCAAAUAUUAAGAUACCCUGCUGAGACAUGUUCUCAGACUCAAUGUGAAUAUAGAGAAAUGAUACAUGACCAUAUUUAUGUCAGUCCUUGAUUGUGUUCUUGCUUUGAAUCUAAAAGAUAAAAUAAACCUUUAUUGGAUUAAAAACACAAAUAUUAGCUCCAAACUAAAUCUGAAAUUUUCUCAAAGCAUAUUUAUAAUUACGAACAAUUCCCACAUGCUACAUUCUUAAGAAGAGUAUGUAUAAGUAUACAUUUUGAAAUCCCUUCAGAGUUGGCAGUUUACAGGAGUCUUUUUUGUGGAACAGGUUGAAAUCUUGAUGUUUCUUGAGAACCAUUGUGCAGUGAUGUUGAUUGUUGGAGUGACCAGAAACGGAUAUCACAGUUUGCGGCAAUUCCCUUUCUCUUUGUUUGGCAGCUCUCGACGUAAAACAAUGGAAAUGGUGAUAGUGACUUUGUCCCUGAGUGUUAAUAACAAGGAAUGGUGUCGACCAAACGUGGUUCAUGAAUUUAAUUACUGUGCCUAUAUACAUUACUUUCAAACAGGAAAGUAAAACACAAUUUAAUGUGAAAGAGUAAUGUGUUUUGAAUUGAAGUGCUAUGUACUGUUUUUUGGUAGUUCCUUUGAUUUAUUUUCUACUCAACAAAGUACAGAAUUGAAAAUACCCACGCAGCUGGAAACACUCAUCUGGAUGUCCGCCAUUUUGGUAGCUUUUUAUUUAAAGUGUCUUUCUAGGGGUGUUUUAUAUAUCAAAAACUAUUUUUUAGUCUUGCUGUACUUUUAUUAUACUGCUGUCAUUUUGUACGGCGAUGUGUUUGUCAGCAUGAAAUGUGUUUUUAAUUCAACUGUUAAUUGAGCACACAUUGUGACUUUCAGUAUGUACAUGAAUAUACUUGUACAAGGGCUACAAUUUCUUAACAUUUUGAACAAAUAGUGAUGCUCUAAAGGGUAGAGAUCACACCCCUGAUGCAUCAGGAUUUCUUUUGUAUAAAUAAUUAAACAAUUGAAA